AUGAUAGCAACUAUAGAAAGCGAAGUAAGGGACAAUCAUCGUCCAAUUCCAAAUACUUUGGCCACUUAUAACUUUUUACUUAUGUUUACUCGCCAAUUUCUGGGCCUUGAAUUGGUGUCGUCAGAACAAUCGCGCAGGUUAAGAUGCAGUGUGGCAGUCUUCGUAUGCUGGGCUCUCAUUGUCGCUACUAGCCUUAUGAUUUAUAUCAUAUACGUUACUCUACCUAGCCAGAUGCGGCUAGACAUAGGUUUAAACGAGACCUGGUAUCUACGUCGCGUCGAUUGGCAAGCGAUGUCCUCGUACGGUGAUGAAUAUCUUGAUUUACCGGUCGAAAACGUCAUCAUCGGACAUUCAGCCGGUAAUUACUGCAACCAGAGAUAUCGUUGCAUAAAAGAAAUGAUAAUGAUACAGCAAGAUCACUUGAGGCGAGGAUGGAACGAUAUCGGGCCCAAUUUUUUCGUUGGUGGUAAUGGCGAUGUCUUCGAGGGCAGAGGGGCCAAUGUAAUUGGGGCAAUGGUCAAAAGCUAUAAUCGAAAAAGUAUAACUAUUAUGUUCCUUGGAAAUUACGUUGUAAAUCAAACCAAUCCAUUGCAACUCAACCAUACCCAAACCUUGGUAGACAGAUUGGUGAAAGUUGGUGCCUUACGAUCUGAUUAUGUUCUUCGUGGACAUUGUCAAGUCGAUCCACUAAUUAUCACUCCCGGGCCGAACAUAAUAGAUAAAUUAAGCUACUUUCCUCAUUGGGAUCCUAAAGGUACAAAAGGUUGUCUACGCAGAUAA